UUCUUCAGAACCGCGUCCAGCUGGCCUGGAGGAGGGUGAUCAGUCGUCGAUGUCUGGAGAACAAGGAGUGAAUUUAGAUAAUUCAGGCCCUAAACUUUCCGAUUUUGCAAGCAGGCCACCAGGUUAUCCAUCUCAGCCAGUGGAACAAAGACCACUUCAGCAGAUGCCACCUCAACUCAUGCCCCAUACGCAGCAGCCGCAGCCCCAGCAGCAGCAGCAGCCGCAGGCACCACCACAGCAAGCCCAGGCACCACCGCAAACACCGCAGCAGCAGCAGCAGAUGAUGAUGAUGCUUAUGAUGCAGCAGGAUCCCAAAUCAGUCAGGCUUCCUGUACCUCAAGGUGUUCACCCACCUAGAGGGCCUCUGAAUCCAGAUGCUCAACGAAUGCCGAUGCAGCAGAGUGGUAACAUGCCUGUCAUGGUUAACCUCCAAGGUCCUGGAUCAGUGCCUCCAUCUCCUGAUAAACAAAGAAUUUCCUUGCCAAGCAAUCCUCCCCUGGGAAAUAAUGCAAGAAAAAUGGUUUAUCAAGAUAAUGUACAGAACCCUUCCAGCUCACCCCUCGGAGAGGUUUCAUCAGUAUCCUCCCUUCCAGAAGGAGGUGGAACUGAAGGUCCCCCAGCAUCAGGAGCUCAGAAUAAUUUGACGUCUCAUUUAGUAGUUUCACAGAACCAAUUAAUGAUGACGGGACCUAAACCUGGACUUUCAACCCCACUUUCAACUGCUCAAGGUGCAAGUCCCCAGCAGCAGUCUAAUUCUCUGCCCGGUGCUCUUACACACCACUUUCCCAAUGUUGCCACCCCAUCACAAACUUCAAGGCCUAAAACCCCAAACAGGGCAAGCCCAAGGCCAUACUAUCCUCAGACUCCUAAUAACCGUCCGCCUAGCACAGAACCAUCAGAAAUUAGCUUGUCUCCAGAGAGACUCAAUGCUUCUAUAGCCGGUCUGUUCCCUCCCCAGAUUAAUAUUCCUUUACCUCCCAGGCCUAAUCUCAAUAGAGGAUUUGAUCAGCAGGGUCUUAAUCCCACUACUUUGAAGGCCAUUGGACAAGCCCCGUCAAAUCUCACAAUUAACAAUCAGUCUAGUUUUGCUGCUCCACAGACACACAAAUUGGAAGGUGUGGUCAUUAAUUCAGGAAAACAAACCAACACUGGAGGAACAAAGAGAGCAAGUCCAAGCAAUAGCCGAAGGUCCAGUCCUGGAUCCAGUAGGAAAACUACACCAAGCCCUGGCAGACAGAAUUCAAAAGCAGCUAAAUUAUCCUUGACAACUCAGCAGAAUCCACCUCUCUUGCAGAACAUGGAAUUACAAAGAAAUAUGAUGGCUGGUCCCUCUUCUUUGCCAACACCUGUGACUACAAGUUUUCAAAAUAGCAACAUGCUAAGUAAUCAGAAUCCUGCAAUUUCUGCACCUGCUACGACUGGCGUUCCUGAAGACAGUAAAGAGAGCCUUAGUGUGCCUCAAGAUAACGAGAGUCAAAGUGCACAAGGUGUCCAAGGUAACAAAGACCAGCCCAAUAUUGAACUAAAAGCUAUCCCUACUCCAGAAAUGAAAGUGUUGGUCCCAGAAGAACAGUCAAAAAAAGAGGGGCAGGCCUUGGACACCAGCAAGCUUCCAGUCUUGGAGGAAAGUAAAACCAUGGUAUCUCCAGCUAUGAGGGAGGCACCAACUUCUUUAAGUCAACUUCUUGAUAAUUCUGGAGCUCCUAAUGUAACGAUUAAGCCCCCUGGGCUGAGUGGUCUUGAAAUGACACCGAUAGUCACCACUGGUGAGGAGCUAAAGAAGAUAGCUGUCAUUCCUCCACUGCAAGAUCCAUCCUCGAGCAAAGAGCCGUCUAAUUCACUUAGCUUGCCUCAAAAUAACGAGCCCUGUUCAAAUCCAGGGCACCAGGAACUGGGAGAAAUAAACUCAAACGUUUCACAGAGUGUUCCUCCGGUAGUGCAAAGGCCUGUCAGCUCUUCUCCUAUUUCGGGUCCUUUACCCCCCAACCAGAUCACAGUUUUUGUAACUUCAAACCCUAUUACGUCUGCUAAUACAUCAGCAUCGUUGCCAUCUCACUUGCAGCCUGCAUUGGUGUCAACUGUUGUCACAAUGCCCAACGUAGGGAACAAAGUUAUGGUUUCUGAGGGACAGUCAACAGUUCAGUCUAACCCCCGGCCACAGUUUAUUACACCCGUUUUUAUAAACUCAUCGUCGAUAAUUCAGGUUAUGAAGGGCUCUCAAUCCAAUACGAUUCCAGCAGCCCCGAUGACGUCUAACUCUAGUCUGAUGCCUCAGUCGGUUGCUGUCGUUGGUCCUUUGCAUAUACCGCAGAAUAUCAAGUUCUCCUCUGGGCCUGCUCCUCCCAGCACAUCCUCCAGCAGUCCUGUUUCCAGUAUUCCCACCAGCAGGCCACUGGUUCUUAAUCCCUUGGCACCUCCUGUUCAGCUGCCUUCUCCUGCUACAACUUCUUCCAGUGUUCCUUCACAUCUCCCUGCUCAGCAAGGCAAAGACGUCAGCCCAGAGGAGGCCUCUCAGAGCGGUGGGUCGGGUGAGCAGUGCUCUGUUACAGCCGCGCAGCCAGGACCCGUUGUUUCACCUCUUCUCACCAGUAGUCCGGGGUCUGGGAACAGACGCAGUCCUGUCUCAUCAAGUAAGGGAAAGGGAAAAGUGGACAAGAUUGGCCAACUCUUGCUGACUAAAGCCUGCAAGAAGGUCACUGGCUCCCUCGAGAAAGGGGAAGAGCAAUACGCUUUGGAUGGAGAAGCAGAAGGGCAGGGACCAGAACCAUCGGCCCCAAAUAGUUUGGGAACAGAGCAGUCACCAGCAGAACUAGAUAAUAAAACUGUGACACCUCCAGCACCCAGUCUUACGAAACAGAGCACUUCUGGGCCUGGCAGUUCGAGCGUCAGCCCUGCGGCUGCUGCUCCUGCUGCCUCCGCGUCGGGGGCUGCUGUGGCGGAGGAAGAAGCAGGGGCACAGCAGGAGCAGCUACAAAGUGCAGCAUCCUCUCAACAUUUAACGCAGAAAAAAACUUCAGUUGCAACAUCAGAAAGUACUGUUCAAAGAACAGAACUUGAAACAAAUGCUCCAGUAGUUGCUGUUCAAAGUAAUGAGACAAAAGAGAAUUGUGAAAAGUCUAAAACUCCAAAUAGAAGAAAUUCAAGAACAGAGGAUUCUGCCGCUUCACAGGAAACUGUAGAGAAUGGGCAGCGCAAGAGAACCUCCAGACCAGCGUCUGCAUCCAGCACUGCAAAAGAAACGAGUGCCAGUGCAAUGCAGUCAAAAAGAAGAAAAUCCAAGUAAAUUACUGCAUGGAAACAUGAGACUUGUAAAUGAGUGUGAAUUUACCAAUAGCAGUUUUGAGCUGUCAUUUUUCUUUUUUAAAUAAAAUUCUGUACAGUAAGUCAUUUUAAUAUUAUACUGUUCCCAAUAAAUGAUUUUUUUUCUAAAAAAACAGAUAAAUAGAUAUAAAAACUGGUUUCUGCUCAAACCCCCUGGAUUUACGUGAAGUCCAGGGUUAGCACAUUAGGUUAAUGUGUUUGUAUGAAAUGGAAGGGGAGGGGAAGACAAUUGUAAAUUUAUUUGUUUCCACUUUUCAUAAAUAAAUUAGAAUACAGGGUUGUCAUUUUUAG